AUGGAUAGUGAAAGAAGAUGCUUACCCACUACGGAAAUCACGAUUGCACAAGAACUCAAAUUAAAACAGUAUACUACCCAUGCCGUCGGGAAAUGGCACCUUGGCUUCUACAAAGAAGAAUGUCUGCCUAAUAAUCGGGGUUUUGAUUCAUUCUUUGGCAUAUAUAGUGCUUCGGCAGACCACUACACUUAUCAGGUGCGUGAAACCUGGUGGGAUUUACAUAGAAACGCUGAAAAUGUUGCACACCAAUACAGAGGGCAGUAUUCCUCCGAGUUGUAUGCCAAAGAAGCAAGAACAAUUAUAAAAGAUCAUGAUGUCAACAAGCCAAUGUUCUUGUACCUGGCAUUCCAAGCUGCACAUAAACCUAUACAGGCACCCGACAAAUACAUCGACAUGUAUCCCGAUAUAGACGAUCCUGCCCGGCGUGUGUAUGCUGCCAUGGUUACAUGUAUGGACGAUGCGAUUGGUAGCGUAGUGGACCAAUUGAAAGAAUCACAACUCUGGAACAAUACUGUUUUAAUAGUGUCCACAGGAGAUACUGGAACUGACACGGUGACCAUCAUGAACAGAAAGAAGAAGAUUGGUCCUGUCACCGGCCGGAAUAUGUACAAACGACGCUCGGACAUGGUGUUCAUGCAGAAUGGUGCACCUGCUCAUACCGCUCGUGUGAGCCAGGAGUGGUGUUCCAGAAAACUUCCUGGCUUUCCCCGUUCGGAGGCAUGGUACGCUCCCCCUGAGACUGACAAAGAAACUCUUGUUAUUGAUAAAGAAAAACAUGUACGUUUAUACAACAUCGUCGACGACGAGACCGAAUCAAAUGAUCUAUCAAAUUCGAUGCCCGACAAAGUGUUGGAAUGUCUGGAGAAAUUAAAAGAAUAUUUCGAUAGUGUUUCGAUACCGUUUCCCGAUAGAAAUCAGUGGAGUGAAAAUGAAUUGGAGAAAGCCGUCUAUAACCACGAACUAGCACCUUGGGGACCAGCAAACACUGAUAUUUAA